AACUUGAACACAUUUCUUAGCUAUAAUUGAUACGUUGUACUCUUUCGGCACUUGAAAGUUCGUUUAGGCCGCCAAGCUUGCAACGCCCUUUCGCACACACUGUGCGAAUUGCACAAGCGCUUAUUGUAUUGUCUUUGUGGCAUCAGUAAAUCACCUGUUGACAAGGUCUUGGCCGCUAAAUUGGGCUUAAGCUAAGUCCGGAACCUCGACCGUCGCAAGAGUUGUUGUGGCGGAGGCGACGCCCUUGGCGAGCCUCGCAUCGACAGCCCGCUUGACGGCACGAUGCACACGUUGAAUGCACAACGUUUGGCUAAUGUGGGCCAGGCUGGCAACGUCGCGACCUCCGCGAGCAGCCGGCGAACGGCCGUGCUCGGUCGGCCGUCGCCGCUGCUAGGGCCGCUCGCUCCCCUGAGCUCGGGUGACUCCUCUUCGCUGCCGCACCACAUCUUGCCAAACAGCUCCAGCGCCGGCAGCAUCAACUCCACACACUUCAGCCGGGGCGUCUGCUGCGCCAGCAGCAGCGGCACGCAGUCCACGCCCGCCACCGCCGCCACCGCGGCGCCGGGCGACUGGUCCAAGCGCCUGCUCUCCGUCGCAAAGACAAAGGGCAAGAAACAGCCCGGCGGCGGCAGUUCACCCACGCCCGACGCCGACAUCUUCUCGCCCGCCAAGCCGGCCGCCAACAAGAAGCCCGUCAGCAAGCUAGACAUCCCCGGCCUGUCGUACUACGAGGGCCGGCCGGACGAUGAGGACGAGGAUAUGGAUCUGGAUGACAUGGAACCUGGAUCCGAAAAGAAGCGGCUGCCGGCGGAGAUGCGCUGCUUUGACACGGCACGCAUCUACCUCAAGGGAGGUGACGGCGGCAACGGCUGUGUGGCGUUCCGGCGGGAGAAGUUUGUGGAGCACGGCGGGCCGUCGGGCGGCAACGGCGGCCGCGGCGGCAACGUUUGGGCGGUGGUGGACCCCAACCUCAACUCGCUGUCGGUGUUCAGGGGGCAGGUGCACUUCCGCGCCGAGGGCGGUGUGAACGGCCAGGGCAGCAACUGCGAGGGGGCGGACGCGGAGGACCUGAUCGUGCCCGUGCCGGCAGGCACCAUCAUCCGCCGCAAGGACGCGGAGGAGGAUGAGCCGCCGCUGGCUGAGCUGCUGAAGCCGGGUGAGAAGGCGCUGCUGGCGGUGGGCGGGCGCGGCGGGCGCGGCAAUUUCAGCUUCAAAACCAGCCGCGACCGGGCGCCCACCAUUGCGGAGAAGGGCGAGAAGGGCGAGGAGCUGUGGGUGGACCUGGAGCUCAAGGUGGUGGCGGACGCGGGCAUCAUCGGUGUGCCCAACGCUGGCAAGUCCACGCUGCUAAGUGUCAUUACCGCCGCCCGACCCAAGAUCGCUAACUACCCCUUCACCACGCUCGUGCCCAACCUGGGCGUGUGCGAGAUGGACUACAGCACGACGGUGUUUGCGGACGUGCCGGGGCUGCUGGAGGGCGCGCACGAGGGCCUGGGGCUGGGCCACGAGUUCCUGCGGCACGUGCAGCGCUGCCGCGUGCUGGUGCAUGUGGUGGACGGCACCAGCCCCGACCCCGUGGGCGACUUCAACGCCAUCAACCUGGAGCUGGAGCUGUUCAACCCGGACCUCAAGGAUAAGCCGCAGCUGGUGGCCUACAACAAGGUGGACAUCCCCGACAGCGGCGACUUCUGGGAGAUGGUGCGCGAGCAGCUCACGACGGAGCUGGGCGUGCCCGCGGACCGCAUCUUCCCCAUCAGCGCAGCCACCGGGCAGGGCGUCAUCGAGCUGGUGCGUGCGGUGCGCGGCGUGUUGGACGAGCUGGGGCCGCAGCAGCUGACGUACGAGACCAACGCACUCAACCAGACGGCGGUGCAGCGGCGCGAGGUGCGCAUCGACGACUUCACAGUGGCCAUGGAGGACCUGCCGCCGGGCAGCGCCAGCACCGCGCCGCGUGUGUUCUACGUGGAGGGCGAGGGCAUCGAGCGCUUCGCGCAGAUGACCAACUGGGACUACUACGAGGCGGUGAAGCGCUUCCAACGCGUGCUGGAGGUGUCGGGCAUCAACGGAGCGCUCAAGGCCCGCGGCGUGCGCCAGGGCGACUCCGUGGUGAUUGGCGAGACGGAGUUCUCCUGGAGCGACGACCAGUCCGACGGCGCCGUGUACGACAGCUGGGUGAAGGACAUGAAGGACCGCGGCGUCAACAGGCAGGGCAGCGCGCGGUGGCCGCACCCCGACGUGCGGUAGUGGGGCGCUGCAGGGACGGGCGGGGGCGCCGUUGUUGGAAGGGUCCUGGUGGGCGGGUGGAUGGACAGCAUGGGCACGGGCGCGUUGUAUAUGGUGCUUGGAGGUGGCGCCCGGAGGAGGCCCGAGGUGGAUGUGUUGGGCUCGUGAGCUGCAGGGUGCGUGCGCGGCUGUGGCGUGGAGGGCGAUUGCCGGUUGGGAAAGGACGCAAGCAGGGCUGUGUGUUUGCGGCGCGUGCACGCGCGGACGGUGCAAAGGCAUGGUGGUGGUGGGCUCGGAACUGAGGCUGGAGGUUAGCUGGCUGUGCCUCUUUAAAGGCAGUGGUGUGUGGGGCGGCUAGGUGGUGAUGAGGUGCGGCGACAGCCCUAUGAUUUCUUCAGUCCUGGACUUCUGGCGCUUCCCUCUGAUACGCCGGUAAGUGGACAAUGUCUGCGAAGCUUAGAUUUCUGGCUGUCUGUUUUGCAGACUUUGCUGGUGAGCAUAGCAUGGCACGAUGUGUGGUAGGAUUUGUUGCUGUGUGGUUUGUCGCCUGCUGUGUAGUGUGCUGUGCUGACGCUUGACAGCGGGACGUGGCUGGACGGCGGGACGUGACUGGACGCAUGUCGGGCACGUUUGCGCACGUGGUAGGAUUCGUAAUACGGUAUCUCUGUCG